AUGACGACUUAUACCGGUGAUACUUGGUCGGAGUGGCUGAUACAAACUCGAGACAUCGCUCAGCUGUGGGAGGCACAGCCAACCUACUUAAUAUCUCAGUGUGUCUACUGUUUUGCUGGUUUUAUAACUCUGAUACAUGCACUAAUAAAAGGUGGAAGAUGGCCUUAUUUUUGGCUAGGAACUGUGUUACACGGACUUUUCUCGGACAACUUCUGGCAUUUCGUGCUUCCUGAAUACGAUAAUUUCUGGCACUCUCAAACACCCGUGAUGCUACUGGGCGCCAGGCUGCCUCUUCACAUAAUUUUUGUAUAUCCGGCGUUCAUUUACCACGCAGCGUAUGCCGUUUCAAAGCUCCGCUUGCCACGAUACGCGGAGCCCUUCGCAGUCGGGUUGGUCACUGUCUUGGUGGACAUCCCGUAUGACAUAGUGGCUGUGAAGUUUGUGCACUGGACCUGGCACGACACCGAUCCAAAUAUUUUUGAUCGUCACUACUGGGUGCCAUGGAACUCUUACUACUUCCACGCUACGUUUGCCGCUAGUUUCUUCUUCUUCUUCCACUACAGCCGCAGAAGGCUCGCUCCCAAGGUCGAACAAUGGACGUCAGCAACUAUGCUCGUGGAAUGGAUAUCCUUGAUCAUCGCUUCUCUCCUGGGCAUGCCGGGCGGUGUACUGAUGUUUGUGCCGCUGUAUCAUCCUCUGCACGAUGUCUUAAAAAUACAUUCCGAAGUUACAUUCUUCCUUCUCUUUGCAAUCUUCGCUGUUAUUGUAAUUAACGGAAUUCUAAGCGAAAGGGAGAGAACAAAUGAAAAGCUAACGACAAUCGACUACGUGCUUUUGCUGCAAUUAGCCGUACAUUACGCCAUUUACUGGUUGUUCGUAGUAUUCUUUGAUCCUAAUAAAGAACGGUCCCUGGGCUUACAUGAGCCAGUCGGUCCUUGUAAUGAAGUAUCCAGCCUUAUGACGCCUUUUGGACAGACUUUAUACAAGCGAACAUACCUAUGUCCUGACGAUUACAAUGAGGCGUAUUUUGACUUCAGUUGUGUCGGCGGAAAAAAGCCAGAGAAUGGCGCCACUUGGUACCUCAUUUGCGGGACGCCUUUCGCAAAUCGUGCGGAAUACAUAAUAAUAAUAUCGACUAUUAUCAUUGUAGCUGCUGGAGUCUUCUACGGUUUAUACUUUAAAACAGUACGUCAAGACUCUACUCCAAGUAAAAAAUUAAAAACAAAGUGA